UUAUUUCCAAUAUUAACAGCUUCUGUCCUUGUUAGUCCACUAUUCAUAUCUCCGUCUGUAAACAUGCUGCUGCUGCUCCUUCUGCUGCUGUCAUCGCCAGGUGAGUCCCAGGCUCAGCAUGUGUCAGGCCAGAAGAAAGACGGCGCGUGUGUUUGCGAGGUGAACUCCAACAUGUGGUCAUUCCCUACUGAGGAAUACAAAACCACGGUGCAGCAGGUUACAUCCUGUGAAGAGUCUCUGAACAGCCUGCAGGAUCAGGUGGAGCUGUCCAGCGAGCGCCUCCCUGGGAUCAUGGCUGUGAUACAGAACGUGACAGAGCGCCUGGAGCCCCACCGGCACCUGCAUGACCUGGGCCUGUACACAGACCUGGCCGUGCACCAGCUGGGCCAGGAGCUCAGCCAGCUGGAGGGGGACAUCAGGGACAUCCACAGCCAGCUGAACAACGCCCAGACACAGAAACUCUCCAAAGAGGUGGGUAAACUGCUUAAAGAUGCUGGCAGGAUGCAGAUUUCGAAAACAGUAAACAUGAAGACAGUGAAAGAGAAGCUGCGCUACCUGAAGAACAGUGCUCAGUCCUGCAGGACCAUCCCCAAAGACUUCAGAGGCCAGGACAGGUACUGCCUGAAGGGCAUGAUGUCCAACAUCAGUGAUCCUGUCACGACUAAGAUCAGUCCCUAUGGUAAGACCAUUAUCUCCGGCUCGUGGGGCAAACAGGCCCAGAGGGACAGCGAGGGCCAGAAGAACAGCUUCUGGGUUCAGCCUCUGCUCAACGGCCACAUCUGGGGCAACACUGUGCGCGUAUACCAAACCUACGAAGACUUCAUGGCCUCAACCAAGCACAAGGACUUUACAGUCGCUCCGUCUUUCGCUCAUGCCAACACCAUUGACGGUCCCAGUGCGAUUCUAUACGGCGAGGCGCUGUACUAUCACUGCUACUUCUCUGCAGACAUCUGCCGCUACGACCUGAACAGCAAUUCCGUCAAGAGGGUGACACUUCCUGGAACAGGCGUGGGUUUCAACAACAAGUUCCCGUACUGUUACUACGACUGCCGUGCCAAUAGUGAUAUUGAGGUGGAGGCAGAUGAGACGGGACUCUGGGCUCUGUAUGCCACUGUUGGUAACCACGGUAAUCUGGUCGUGAGCCGGCUGCUCUGGGACAGCGAGGCUGAGACCCUGAAUGUCUCGCAGACGUGGGAGACGAGGAUUUUCAAGAAGGCGGUGAGCAACGCCUUCAUGGUGUGCGGUGUUCUGUAUGCCACUCGCUAUGUGGACGAUUACCGCGAGGAGGUGUUCUACGCCUUCGACACGGCCACAGGCAGAGAAGACAACUCUCUCUCUCUGCCGCUGGAGAAGGUAGUCAAGGGAGUGGCCAGCCUGAGCUACAACCCCACCAACAAGCAGAUCUACAUGUACAACGAUGGAUAUCUGCUCGCCUACCAGGCCAGCUUCUCCACUCCAUUUGACACGUAUAACAGGAAGUAACAGAGCCAGAUAUUGUCCAAAAAUAUAUAUUAUAUAGGGUGUCUGGUACUCCUUAUUGUUGUGAUUUGUUGGGCAUACAACUUACUUUUUGACUAAAUGUUUGUAUUAUAAAACAGAUUGUUGUCGAGCUGUAACAUUUAAAAAACAUAAAAUAAUAAAAACUCUUUCUGUCCGUU